ACUAAACCUCCGCAAAGGGUUCCUCCAUGUAUCUACAACGUCCGCCAUCUCAUAGGUACUCCCGCGCCCUCUUGCAUUUCUCACGUGGAGAUAAGCCCUCCCGAUAAGCCGGGAUUUGCGCUUCUUUUUCCCAGUCGCGGUCGACGCUCCAGCAAUCCUCAUCUCCACGCCUUUCUCCCCUCCAUCACCGCUGCAGGCACCAGUGGUGAGACACAUUCACCAUGUCAUCCCCAUUAGUACUUCUCCCUGGAGAUGAGGUCCCAUCAGAAUACCUCCCUGCUACCAAUUCCGCUCCAUUGAGGCUGGGUCCCGGUCUCCGUCUACUUACGCAACCACCCUCUUCCUCACCUUCAUCAUCCUCCCCUAGCCAUGUUCUCACAGCCACCCAAGCCGGCAUACUGUCCACCGAUAACAAAAGAAACGCCGUCUCUAUUUUCUCCUCUCCGAACCGCCGCUACAUCCCUACGCCCAACGACCUGGUCAUUGCGCAGGUCCACCAUUCCAGCCAGGAUUACUUCCAUUGCAUGAUUACCCCACAGACGCCUCAUGUGGUGCUGGGACAGCUGGCAUUCGAAGGUGCGACGAAGAAGACACGGCCGAUGCUUAAACAAGGCGAUCUAGUCUACGCUCGUGUGCUCUCGGUCGGUCUUGGUGCGGGCGCGGAGAUUGAACUCACAUGUGUGAAUCCUGCGACGGGAAAGGCUGAGCCCGGAGGUCUGGGCCAUUUGACCGGGGGUAUGGUGUUUGAUAUCUCCACUGGCAUGGCUGCUAGGUUAAUGAGGGCAAGUUCAUCUUCCUCCGAUCAACAAGAUGGCGUGGCCGGGCUGGUUGUGCUGGAUGAACUGGGCAAGAAGUUGGAGAAAGCCGGUGGUUUUGAGAUUGCGGUGGGAAGAAAUGGCAAGGUCUGGGUGGACUGUUCUAAUGGUGGAGAUGCUGCAGUCAAGGCAACGGUAGCGAUUGGACGGUGCUUGACUACGAUUGAUGAACACGAUUUGGGCCCAGCCGAUCAGAAGAAGUUGGUUUCGAGGAUACUGCGAGAGAUGAAGAUCGACGUCUAGGAGGAGGGAUGGGAGUGGUUACUGUGCCUUUAUGACUAAUUGUGUGAUAUCAUGCAGUAUUUGACGAUCCCAGCGUUUCUUGUACUAUUUCAGGCUGUAGGGCAGAUCUGGGAGGACAAGAUGACCAAUUCUGAGUGCAUGUCACACUCAUACCUUGCUCGGGCAGUUCAACCAGGUUGGGUUGGAUCAUGAUCCCCACAUGGAGCUCAAUCCCUGCCACUGACAUCCAAGCUUAAGCCUCAUAAGGAUGGACACUGAAGACGAUGUGUAGCGGCCGCGAACACUUGAGACUGGCAUUAGAGAGCAGAAGAUUGAACAAACAAGUUGAAAGCAAGAACGAGAGGCUAGUUAGAUGAACUCGCUGAACAACUGGUUGAUCAAUUUCACGUGGAAUUAGUACCUAUUACCUAGUUGGUCGGGCUUUACCAUGCUGCAAACGGUGAAGCGCCUCCAUA